UUUCAAUCAAUUUCGACUCCGUGACAAAGUGGCAACUCGCGCUUUCUUACGACUGGCCUCCGAUUUCUGUACCCCAAUUCCUCGUUCAUCCUCUCUUCCCUGCUUGAGUCGAUCCUACAAUCCUCACUUCUUCUUCUAAUUGUUAGGGAUUGUUCGCAUAUUUCGAUUGAUGGAAGCGACAGCGAGCCUUCGAUCUCCGCAGAUCCUCUACAGAACUCGCCGAUUUGGUCCGAGAUACUCCAUCUUCGGCGUCCAUCGGAUGGGUUUCCUCUCUUUCGAGUCCAAACCCCAUCUCGGAUUCAAGGGCCAUAUUCCGAUCCAACUGUCGAACUAUGGGCCACAACGAUUAGGUGCACGGAGGAGUAUUGUCAGGGCAUCAUCGUCUUCUUUCAUGGAGGAUUCAUCGCGAAUUGCACCUCUCCAACUGGAGUCUCCGGUUGGGCAAUUCCUAUCUCAGAUCCUUGUCAACCAUCCUCAUCUCUUACCUGCUGCCGUCGAGCAGCAACUUGAGCAACUCCAGACCAAUCGUGAGGCUGAGAUGAACAAGGAGGAGCCUGCUCCUUCGGGGACCGAUAUUGUUUUGUACAGGAGAAUUGCUGAGGUCAAAGCUAAUGAUAGGGAAAGGACUCUUGAAGAGAUAUUAUACACAUUAGUUAUCCAAAAGUUUGUUGAAGCUGAUGUUUCCUUGGUUCCUGCGAUAUCGCAAUCAGACCCUUCUGGCAGGGUUGACCAGUGGUCAUCACAGGAUGAAAAACUUGAAAAGCUACAUUCUUCCGAAGCUUAUGAAAUGAUUAAGAAUCACUUAGCUCUUAUACUGGGGCAGCGAUUGGGUGACUCCAACUCUGUGGCGCCUAUUAGCAAGCUUAAAGUUGGCCAAGUUUAUGCUGCUUCUGUCAUGUAUGGCUACUUCCUCAAGAGAGUGGACCAAAGGUUCCAACUAGAGAAAUCAAUGAAGAUUCUCCCUUGGGGUUCAGAGGAAGAGGAGAGUGCUAUUAAACAAGCAAUACUGGAUGAGUCCAGACCAUCUGCCCCAAUAGAAUUAACACAUCCUGAGGCGUCGUCAUGGUCUUCAUCAAGCUUUAACCACGAUGGGUUUGGGAAUGGAAUGAAAUCCCGUCGUUUGCGGUCAUAUGUCAUGUCAUUUGAUUCUGAUACUCUUCAAAGAUAUGCUACAAUUAGAUCGACCGAAGCCUUUAACAUUAUUGAUAAGCAUAAUGAGGCUCUAUUUGGGAGGCCUGAGAUUGUCUUCACACCAGAAGGAACUAUUGAUUCUUCAAAGGAUGAGCUCAUCAAGAUCAGUUUUGCAGGUUUGAGGAGGCUUAUCUUGGAGGCUGUCACUUUUGGUUCUUUCCUUUGGGAUGUUGAAAGCUAUGUAGAUUCUAGGUAUCAUUUCGUGACUAACUAGUUAGUCCACUAUUAGACUCGGAAGCAAUUGAUGGAUAUGAGGAUGCAACGAUUCCCUAUUUGGAGUUCAGAUGGCAGUAUGACUAAUGAUAGCAUGGUAACUGUCAGAUGCAUAAUAUAGUUAGAGGGUCUUUGUAUCCCUGUAAUAUAGUUGGGGUCUUUGUAACUUUCAGCUUCUUCAGUAAUAUUGUUGAGGGUGUACAUACAAAAACUUGCCUUUUGGACCCCCUAAACUUUGUUCAAGAUGUAAACUUUGUUCAGUGUCUAGUACCUGUCAUAAUGUAGAAAAUUGAGGUUUGCACAUC